GACAGUAGGAAGACCCAGAAACUCAGAAGCAAACUAAGGCAGAACACUAGCAGUGAGAACAGCUGCAGCACGAGCAUCAUCAUCAAGCCACUGGGUGUAAACAGACAAAGCACCAUGAUACGUCUGAAGAGCCUCCUCAUAAGCCAAAACCCUCUCAUCAUAAGCACGAUCAGCAGCCUCAUCAGCAAGCUUAGCCGCAUCCUUGGCGGCCUGAUUAGCGUCCGUAGGAAGAACCGGUGGAGUCGGCGGAGUAGGGGCCACCGGAGGAACCGGACGUGGCGGACAGCAGACCUCGCCAGAAAGAACACCCCAGAGACGGAUGCCACGCAUGUGAAUGCGCAUGAAGCCAGCGAACUCGGUGUAGUUAGUACCAUCGAAGAUCACCGGACAGCGAGGGACAGCAACAUAGCCCGAUGCAGCAGACAUUUUUUUUAACAGAAGGCAGACGUUCAGGAGUCCCGAUCUGCAGCAGCGGCGGGCGGCUCGAUCAGAAGUGGACGAGCCUCGGAAGCAGAAGCUCGAUCUGGCCUCGAGCGGAAGAUAGGGCGGGGCAGAGCAGGCCGAUCCAAUCGGGAGAUAAAGGGGCCGCAGGCAACACCAGAUCCGAGCGGACGACGAGUUGGAGCAGACGACGAGCGGGUGGCUUCGAUCCGAGCUCGAGCACAAGUCUGGCAAGGAGCGAAGGAACGGAAUGGGCGGACGGCUUCGAUCCAAUCGGGGGCUGCGGGCGACGAGUUGGAGCAGGCUUCGAUCCAAGCUCGAGUAGAAGUUGGCAAGGAGCGAUGGAGCGGAACCGGCUUCGAUCCUGGCGACUUCGAUCCGAGCUCGAGUAGAGGUCGGGCAAAAAAAAGUGGGCGGCUUCGAUCCCGGCGACUUCGUGUCGAGCAGAGAGGAGAUCGAGGAGACCGGCUUGCGUCGAUCCAGUCAAUCGGGGGGAAGAGUGGACCGGACGUGAGGAACCGGCCGGCACCACGGGAGGAUCAAUCACACGAGUUGCGGCGUGGAAAAAAUUGACCUAGCUCUAAUACCAUGUUAGGAAUAAGCAACUUGUAUUCCCAUGAGGCCAUAUGCCGAUAUAUAUACAUGUACAGGUGUGGAACAUAUGCAGGAAACCCUUUAUACAACGGGAUAAAUACAAAGGGGUACAUGACUCAUAUUAUAACUCUAACAUGAAUAAAGAUGUGUUGCUUGAUCUAAACAGAACUUAUCAGGCUUAUGCCUCCUAUCUCCAGAAUGGCCAUGUGGAUUUUCCGUUUGUCAGCCAUCUGGACAAUUCAUUCUGCACAGGCCUUGAUAGCAUGUUUCAUCCAAAUAUUACACAACCUGAGGCUAGUUUUUAUCAGUUACCAUCUGCUUCUAGCAUGUCCAACAGAAAUAAAACCAGAGAGGCUGAUUGUUCAAGCAAUGUUCUAUAUUGUAUGGACGAGUCACUAGUCCAGCAGAAGUCCCAUUUUCCUACCGAGCCUUCGCAAAAUGGGAAUUUUUCACCAAUAAUGAAACAAAACUUUCAGCCAUUAAUUAGUUCAGUGGAUGAGUCACUUUCUAAAGAACAGUUAUUUUGCGAAUACAAAUUUUCAAGCAAGGACAUUGAAGCUCCAUUUGCGCAACAGCAUGAGUGUUCAAAUUCGCAAGAGGUAUACAGAACAAGGGCAAAGCAAAUGGGUGGUCAGUCAGGAUGCAGCCAACCCCAACUGGGAAACAAUAUCAAACUUCAGGCAGAAACAUGUGAAAAUUAUUGUUCUUCAAACUUGUGUGAAAACCAGAAUGCUCAUUCACAGGUCUCACAGGGAGUUGCAGAUCCCAUAAGGAAAUCAAAAGUUAGUCGAAAAGGUUCAUCGGAAGUUCCUACAGAUGAAUCAAAAGGAAAGACGGUGUGUGGGCCUACAGAGGAAACUUAUGAUUGGGAAAAAAUACGAAAAGAAUUGUUCGGCAAUAAUGGAGAUAAACCAAGAAGUCCUAAUACAAAAGAUUCGGUUGAUUGGGAAGCAGUACGGCAAGCAGAUGUGAAAGCCAUAUCUGAAACCAUUAGAGAGCGAGGACUGAACAAUAUGCUAGCAGGCCGAAUAAAAGAAUUUCUAAACCGAUUGGUGAGAGACCAUGGAAGCAUUGAUCUUGAAUGGCUGAGAGAUCUCGAACCAGAAAAAGCAAAGGAGUUCCUUCUAAGCAUUAGAGGGCUUGGACUCAAAAGUACUGAGUGUGUUCACCUUUUGACACUACGUCAUGUAGCUUUUCCGGUGGACACAAAUGUUGCUCGGAUAUGUGUCAGGCUUGGCUGGGUGCCUCUUCAACCUCUGCCUGACUCUCUUCAACUGCACCUAUUGAAACUUUAUCCCGUGCUGGACCACAUACAGAAAUAUCUUUGGCCUCGACUAUGCAAGCUUGACCAGUUUACUUUGUACGAGCUUCACUACCAAAUGAUAACUUUUGGAAAGGUUUUCUGUACCAAAAUUAAGCCUAACUGCAAUGCAUGCCCCAUGAGAGCUGAGUGUAAGCACUUCGCUAGUGCAUUUGCAAGGGGUUGUAUGCGUGAGGGGCUUUGACAGGAGACAGAGGGCACCAAGACCGCUUAAUGCAGGGUUACAUUUACCUGCAACAAAGGUUACAAGAGAUAAAAGGCGUGCAGCAGCCAAAGAGGAGGAAUAAGCCAUUGAGAUAGAGGAAAAGAAAGCAUACAUGCAAGAUUCAAACCUAAAUAAUCAUAGUAUUGCUUUUAGUUUUCUUUUCUUCCGCUGCGUUCACUAAAUCCGUUGAUAUUUUGUGUUUCUCAUGCCAUGUGAGUCCAACAUACCUUUGUCCGUCAGCCUUUUUCUGGUCAUUGUCCUCUCUAUAGGAUUUCUGUGGCCUCUCUUUGCAUUGUUGAUCUAAGCCCAUUCUCUUGCCGCCGAGCUUCUUUCGCCGUCGACUUUCAUGGGCCAUGAUUCUUUAAGCAAUGCUUCUUCUCUUGAUGUGCCAUCUUCUUUUGAUAACCCAUCUUCUCUUGAUAUUUCUAUUGUAUCUUCUAUUGAUGCGUUGUCUUCCUCUGAUGUGCCAUCAAAUCGUUAUCCCCUUUGGCGACUCGACAGGUUUUGAAGACUCUUCAUGAUACGACGACACUCUCAAGACGCGGAUUUGGAUUAUCAUUUUUUUUAGUAUUACGCUUCUUCUAAUGUAAUGCUAUUGCAUAGGCAUUUGAGUGGGGGGUGUUAAGGAGUAUUAGUAUUGGUCUAUGAGUCCUUAUUAGUCUAUGUUUAGUUUCCUUGCACCUCAAGUCAUGUGUAAUAUAUAUAAGCCCCUUGGGCCUUCAAUAAAGAUAAGUUGCUUAACAUGGUAUCGGAGCUAAGGUCUUGAGUUCAAAUCCUGACUUUCGCAAUUUAUUAAAAAUUGCUGAUAGCCCCCC